UUCUUCUCUCUCUCUGUGACUGAAUCCGCUGUUUGUGGGCAUUGUACGCUUCUGCAGGCAUUGAGAAGGCAAGAACCCUAUAAUCGGUUCCUCUUUCUUUUUGCCGCACGUUUUCUCCCCGACGGCGAAAAAAAGGGUUGUUUGUCUUUAGAGUUGAUUAAUUGACAGUGAGGGCGCUUGGCAUUUACCUGCCUUAUUGAUUUGCUGCAGCAAAGUUAACAUUUUCUCCUGGGAGGCGAGGAUCAGUUUUUAAAUUAGUUUGGCUAUGGCGGCAACCAAUGAAAAUCUCCCACCAAAUGUGAUAAAGCAAUUAGUUAAGGAAUUGAAGAAUCUUGAUGAAACUCCUCCCGAAGGCAUUAAAGUUGGAGUAAAUGAUGAUGACUUUUCAACUAUAUUUGCUGAUAUUGAAGGGCCAGCUGGAACUCCAUAUGAGAAUGGCAUCUUCCGCAUGAAGUUGAUAUUAUCUAAUGAUUUCCCGCAUUCACCCCCUAAAGGUUUUUUCCUGACCAAAAUUUUUCAUCCAAAUAUCGCAACCAACGGUGAGAUCUGUGUAAAUGCUCUUAAAAGGGAUUGGAGUCCAAACCUUGGCUUAAGGCACGUGUUAAUGGUGGUUAGAUGUUUAUUGAUAGAACCUUUCCCGGAAUCAGCUUUAAAUGAACAGGCUGGCAAGAUGCUUUUAGAUAACUACGAGGAGUAUGCUAGACUUGCAAGGCUUUAUACUGGGAUUCAUGCUAUGAAGCCGAAGCCCAAACUAAAAGGCGGGGCGAUUUCUGAAUCGACCACUGCACUGAAUGUUGACCAAUCAAAGUCCUCAGCAUUUGUGGAUAAGAAGAGUGUGGCGGUCUCGAGUGUUCCUCUCCCACAACCAUCUCCACUCGCCCCUUCAUCCAAAGCGGGGAACAGCCUGGACCAGCCGGCUUUGCCCAGUUCAACAGCGAAUUGCGGUUCAGCAGCAGCCCCGCUAGCCCAAAAGAAGGAAGCUGGGUUGGCAAAGGCCCAUGCAGACAGAAAGAAGAUGGAUGCCAGAAAGAAAAGUUUGAAGAGAUUAUAAGGUGUUUCCAAUGAGGAUGGAUGCAAUUUUCUAUUUUCACUUCCUUGCAAUGUAGUAGUAGUAAACAUAAGAAAGAAGUUUGUACUAUUAUUAUUAUUAUUAUUAUUCAGAUUGAUGAUGUUCUUGGUACCAAUAUUUCCUAAGAACAAUGAAAUAGCCCACAUUUGGGAUUUGGGAAGUCACUCAUAUUUUCAUGCUA